CUCGCAGUCCCGGGAGCGGAGACGGCCCGAUCUCCCCGCUCGCCUCUGUCUCGGGGCGCUCGCCUUCUAGGCUGCUAGCUGUCUGUAACGGGCUGUGAGCAGCGGAGUACAGAAUAGCAGGACUGGAAGCUGGUCCAUUCCACAGAAUGUUUCGUGCAUUUGUGGACCAAAGCAUGGACUUUAUUUUUAUUUUUGAAAAGACAUUGUCAAUGGUCCUGCUUCAGCUGUCAGUUUGACAUUGAUGGAGAUGUUUUGUGUGGACUAGUAGUCAUUCUGAAAGACUUCAAGCAUGGCUUCUAUGUGAAAACUUGAGUAUCAAAGAAUAUUAUGUAAUGGUAUAAAGACAUACUCUAUUUGAGGACUACAAACUUCAUAGAGACUCCAUCUGGACUCCAGGAUACGCUCCAAUCAAAGUGGUUCUCUUGACUCACCGAAUUUUGAAGAAUUUUAUAUUAGUAACACCAAAAGAUGGGAGAAAGAAAUGGUGAUGCAAGGAGUUUCUGGAUGGAGUUACAAGAUGAUGGUAAAGUGGAUUUUAUGUUUGAAAAAACGCAAGAUGUGCUGCAGUCGCUGAAACAGAAGAUAAAAGAUGGGUCUGCCACAAAUAAAGACUAUGUCCAAGCAAUGAUUCUGGUAAAUGAAGCAACCAUAAGUAACAGUCCAGCAAAGGAUCAUAUACCAGUGACUCAGAAUGAACAGGAAAACAAAUCAAAUGCAUUUCCCUCUACAUCAUGUGAAAACUCCUUUCCUGAGGACUGUACCAUUCUGUCUACAGGAAACAAAGCAUCUCUCCCUGAGAACAGUAAAGCUACAGACCUGGGAGAGGAGGGAUCCCCUUCAAGUGUGUCUUUCCAUAGGCACGUCUGCUCCAGUGCUUGUCUGAUGGAAACACCACUGUCCUUGAAGGGAGAAAACCCUCUACAGCUACCCAUCAGGUGUCACUUCCAAAGACGACAUGCAAAGACAAACUCUCAUUCUUCUGCUCUUCAUGUGAAUUAUAAAACCCCCUGUGGUCGGAGUCUGCGAAACAUGGAGGAAGUUUUUCAUUACCUUAUUGAGACAGAGUGUAACUUUUUAUUCACAGACAACUUUUCUUUCAAUACUUAUGUCCAGUUGACUCGGAAUUACCCAAAGCAAGAUGCAGUUGUUUCUGAUGUGGAUAUUAGUCAUGGAGUGGAAUCAGUGCCAAUUUCUUUCUGUAAUGAAAUUGACAGUAGGAAACUUCCACAGUUUAAGUACAGGAAGACAGUAUGGCCCCGAGCAUACUACCUAAACUUUUCCAGCAUGUUUUCUGAUUCAUGUGACUGUUCUGAGGGAUGCGUAGACAUAAAAAAAUGUCCAUGUCUUCAGUUGACAGCAAAAAAUGCUAAAGCAUGUCCCUUGUUACCUGAUGGAGUGUGUACUGGAUAUAAAUACAAAAGACUGCAGAGACUCAUACCUACUGGCAUUUAUGAGUGCAACCUUUUGUGCAAGUGUAACCGUCAGUUGUGUCAAAACCGAGUUGUCCAACAUGGUCCCCAGGUGAGGCUACAGGUGUUCAAAAGUGAGAAGAAGGGCUGGGGAGUACGCUGCCUGGAUGACAUUGACCGAGGGACAUUUGUGUGCAUUUAUUCAGGAAGAUUAUUAAGCAGAGCCACUCCUGAGAAACCAAAUGCCGAUGGAAAUGGAAGAGAACAACAGAACAUUGUGAAAAAUACAUUUUCCAAAAAGAGGAAACUACAAGUUGAAUGUUCAGAGAAAUGUCCUCCUAACUUUAGCAGUGAUAUCAAUGAACCUGUUAUGGAAAUGAACUACAGAAAUAUUUCAAGAACUCAGCGUCAUUCAGUCAUUAGAAGCCCUAAAUUCAAGACAGCUGUUUUUUAUUAUGAUGAGAAAAACAUGGGAUUUGUUUCCUCAGAGUCUGCUGCCUCUGAAGAUAAGAAUGGAUUUAAACCAGCUCAAGAACACAUAAACUCUAAAGCUAGAGCUCACGAGGACUUAAGUUCAAACCAAUUUGGAUAUUCUGAAGACAAACAGCUGAUUGAAUUAAACAUGAUAGAUAUAACUAAAAGUAGAGAAGACGCUUCACCAGAUGGCAGGUGUAAGCACAUAGCCACAUUGAAUAAUGAGAAUAUUAAAAAGGUGCUUGAAGUUCCAGUAAAAAAGUCCCAAGAAGAAUCUGCAGCCUCUCACGAUCAACAGGUCUUCUGUGAUGAAGAAUUGCCAAGUGAAAGGACAAAGACACCACCACCUUCUCUAACAAGGCUCAGUAAAGAGAAUAUAUUUCUAUUGGAUGCUUCCAAAGAAGGAAACGUGGGCCGUUUCCUUAAUCACAGUUGUUCCCCGAAUCUCUGCAUACAGAAUGUUUUUGUAGAAACACAUGACAAGAAUUUUCCAUUGGUCGCCUUCUUUACCAACAGGUAUGUGAAAGCAAGAACAGAACUAACAUGGGAUUAUGGUUAUGAAGCUGGGACCAUACCUGAAAAGGAAAUCCUCUGCCAAUGGAUCUGUCAGAAUAAAGAAAAGAUGGAAAAAAGGAUAUGUGCCUUCUGCCCCAAAGGCCAAGAUUGGAGUGUGAUAUACUUUGCACCAUCAGAAAAUAUAGCUGCUCAUGAAAAUUGUUUGCUGUAUUCAUCAGCACUGGUGGAAUGUGAGGAUCAUGAUGGCCUUAAUAAAGCUAGGAAUUUUGAUGUGAAAUCAGUAAAGAAAGAGAUCUGGAGAGGAAGAAGACUGAAAUGCACACUUUGCAAUGAAGGAGGAGCCACCGUGGGAUGUGAUAAAGAAUCCUGUGCCAAGAAUUACCACUUUUUCUGUGCCAAGAAGGACAACACAAUUCUACAAGUUGAUGGAGUUAAAGGAACUUAUAAAUUAUUUUGCCAACAACAUGCUCCAGAACUACCAGGGACCAGUCAAAGUGCUGAGGGCCCAAGCUUGCAGAAAAAGAGAGGAAGGAAGAAACGUCUCCCUUUAGACGUCCCUGAACAGCCACCAAAGAAGUUGGGUAGACCCAAAAGACACAUGACAGAUGAGCCCCUCGGGCACAAAGGUGCAAUUUCCCAUGUUCCUUUUCUGAAGAAAUGCAAAGAAGCAGGACUUCUUAAUGAAUUAUUUGAAGGGAUACUAGAAAAACUUGAUUCAAUUCAAGGAAAACUCCUGAAUGAGACUGCUUCAGAAUCAGACUAUGAAGACAUUGAUACUUUACUGUUUGACCAUGGAUUGUUUGAAGAUACAUUAAUAAAAUUCCAAGAAGUAAUACAGAAUAAAGCUUGUGAACAGGAAGAAAGGCAGAGGAAGCUGAAACAGCAGCUUGAGGCACUUGGGAAUUUAGAACAAACCUUGUGCUCACUUCAAGAAAAUGGAGACCUGAGCCACUGAAGUUCUACUUCAAGAUCCCCACCGUCUUCAUAAGAACCACCAGUUCAAAUGCUAGGAGUCUGCUGAAAUGCAAGCAGGCUCAAAAGACAGCCACAUAGGUCCCCAUCCCUCUCUGACCUGCUCCUGCUGAUCGCUAUUUUAUACCUGACUGGGUGUUUCUAGUCCUCUUGCCAUCUCUUGUCCUUUUUCCUUGCCAGUAAAACCUCCUCCUCAGGCCAACUGGAUCAGCUGAGAACAGCUCUCCCCAUUUGUUCUCCAAGGAGGAAGUCUUUCUAUUGGUUGGUGCCUUCCCUUCCCACCCCAGUCAACUGCAGCAGCACCAGAGCCUUUGCAUAUCUCACAACAGCUGCCUCUCAGUAUUACUGACGCCAGUAGACUAGGGCAGAAACUCAUUCCUGUGCCUUGCUUACUGUUAACCUGGGUUUCUGCUCACUACCACAUUUCCAAGACUUAACAACUCAAUAAACAUUUGUAGAAUACA